CUCCCCCUCUGGUCCAACAGAACCAAUCAGAGAGGAGCUCUGUGAGUGUCUUUGGCCCUGGUGAUAUAAGGAGAGGGUCAGAAGAGCUAUAUUCUGAAAGGUCACCAUGCGGCGGGUCUGGGCUGUGUUCAGGGCUCACCCUUACGUCGGGAACGUGCUCGGCUACACCGCGCUUUUCGCCUCGGCCGACGUCAUACAGCAGAGCGUGCUGGGGGGGGAACACGCGAGACCCGGCAUCGACUGGUGUCAGACGGCUCGCGUGGCCACUGUGGGGUUCUGUUUCCAUGCCAACUUCAACUACUUCUGGCUGCGGGGGCUGGAGCGCGCGCUGCCGGGGGGCGGGAUCAGGGCGGUGACCGGGAAGGUGGCGGUGGAUCAGAUGGUCGCUGCCCCGCUCACCAUCAGUGCCUUUUAUAUCGGUUUAAGUUUACUAGAAAACAAGGAUGACGUGUUUGAAGACUGGAGACAGAAGUUCUGGACCUCUUAUAAGACUGGAGUGAUAUAUUGGUCAAUAAUGCAGGCAGUGAACUUCACCCUGGUUCCUCCUGUGGCUCGCACAGUGUUUCUGGGAGGCAUCGCGCUGACUUUCACCAUCUUCCUGUGUCACCUCAGACAGCAGAGUGACAACAAACUUGAAUAAACCUGAGAUCCUCAACUCCAUGACGAAUGUUUUUGUGUGGAACAACUGUGACAUUAAAACGUUUUUUGAAGGCAGGAUUGGGUGUCAAAGUUAUACUGAGAAAACAAGGGAGGGAAUACAUAGAAAUAUGUGGGGAUUCCAAAUUGGGAAAUUUCUAAAAAAAUAGGAUAAAGGUCACAUCUCCGGGGAACAGUUGAUUAGCUAUGGAUUAUUGUUCAGCUGUAAUUUGUUUCUUGUUUAAACAGAAUUGUAUCAAAAUUGUAUAAUAUUGUACAAACAGAGUUUUAAUCAUGCUAUUAAUAUUUAAUGAUCCUUUAACUGUUUAAGUAUGUCCUACUGGAAUAAUGUUAUUGAUGUUUACAUAUUUAACCAAUAAAAAAUAACUAUUUAAAAAUUA